AUGAAGCAGCGUACCCAGGAGGUGCACGUCGCCGGCCGCACCGCGCUCGCCACCGUGACCUCGAACCCCGGGGUCGUGCGCCGGUGGGUGUACACGACGCGGUGGCGCAGCCGACGCCGCCUCUGCUCCGGUGCCGGGCUCACCGUUGGCAUGGGCGUGCAGUGGACCCCGCCCUUCCGCCGCCUGCCCGACGGCGCCGAGCCGCGGCCGGCCACGCUGCAGCUCUGCAGCGGGCGCCGGUGCCUCGUGUUCCAAAUUGGGCGCGCCGGCGUGGGCCGCGUCCCUCUGGUCCUCCGGCGCUUCCUGGAGGACGCGCGCGUGGAUUUCUUCGGGUACAACGUCCUGUCCGACUGCCGCAAGCUGAGCGCCCACUACGGCCUGCGGGUGGCGUGCCCGCGAGAGCUGCGCCUGGUGACGGGCAUGGGGAACGCAUCGAUGGAGAGCAUGGCGGAGCAGGUCCUCGGGUGGCGCGGGGUGAAGAAAGCGCAGCGGGUGGCCGUCGGCAACUGGGACGUCAGCACGCUGUCGAAGAAGCAGGUGAGGUACGCGGCCACCGACGCCUUCGUCUCGUAUUGCCUCGGCGCCAAGUGUUUGAAGUAA